CUGGUAAACCAGUGUUUCCUAUAUUCAGACUCUGGAAGGUGAUGAAUUGGAAAGUUAUCACAACCGAUGAUCUUAACCCAAGAUUGCCUCAGGGGGACUAUCCCCGUGACAAGAGGACAGUAAGUUUUCUGAGAUAAAGCACAUCUGCUAAAUAAAGAAUAAUCAAAUUAUGUUCAAAAGUAGUGUACAAUCUUUCUUUCCCAAUGCUGUGGUUAAACCCAAUUAUUAAUUACAUAUAGGCUUUUUUUAAUUAAAUUAAUUCAAAAUAAGAUCAACAAAAUAAAAAUCAAUUAUUCAUUAAAGGAAUAGUUCACCCAAAAAAUAAAAAUUCUGUAAAAUUUUUGCUCCAAGUCCAUAUGAAUAUGAAAUAGAUGUUUAGCAGAAUGCUCAUGCAGCUCUUUCUCAUACAAUGAAAGUACAUGGUGACCCGGGUCCCUCAAGGUACAAAACUAAUAAAAAGUCCAAACAACUCGUAAGCUAUAUUCCAAAAUUUCUGAAGCCAUAUGAUAGCUUUGUGUGAUGAACAGAGUGAAAUUUAAGAUGUGAUUAGCUUAACUGUUUUCAAAGAUUACUUUAAUUUAAAAAUGAUGAGGUGAAAGAUGCCAGCACAGGUAUUUUACCAUAAUUGAGGUCAUUAAUUCAUUGAUCGGAAUUCCUGUAUCCUUUAAAUAUUGCAUGCAAGACAUACAGUGCAACUUCCUCUUACUGUAAUGGGAGGUAGAAGAAAAUACCUGUCUAAAUUCCCCUGCUGUCCCACUAUAAGAACAACUGCGAUCAACAUGCAGAGGUGCACAUCAUUCUACGGCGAAAACUCGCAUUGGACCUCGAUAGGUAUUAACAAGGUCUGUCUUGAGUUAAUGCAUGUUGUUUACAUUAUGACAGGUUUAUAAAGCUCAUAUCUUGUAUAGGUAGCACAUGCUACUUAUCCUAACGUUUGAGUGUCUAUUCUUUCUUCAGGUUGAAUAUUUGGAAGUAUGAUGAAGAAUUCAUUGAUCCUAUACAGCUUGCUUUUAUGUACUCUGUUGGGUUGUCUAUGGGGCACAGCUCAGGGUCGGAAGCUUCACCUAGGCAACUGUGUUGUUAACAUUCACACUCAUGAGCUCAGGCAUCACUUCCAGCACAUACGUCAAGGCAUGAUUGCAGGAGAUAACAACAAGGGUAUCAGAUUACUUGGAAAAGAAGUGAUGAACAGUUUACAAGGUACAGAAAGCUGUUGCUUCCUAAGGCAGCUACUUCACUUCUACAUGGAUAAGGUUUUUAUCAACUACACCACCAGCCAUUCCCUACAUCGCAGGAUCACCAGUGUCCUAGCAAACUCCUUCCUCAGUAUCACCAAGGACCUACGAGUCUGUCAUGCUAAUGCAAACUGUGAGUGCAGUGAAGGUGCCACUCAAAAACUCGCAGACAUUAAAACCAAGUACAACAAGCUUGAUCAAACAGCAGGAACAGUGAAGGCUAUUGGAGAGCUGGACUCGUUAUUUGAAUGGCUUGAAAGUUUUCAACACCACUGAUACAAAGGAAUAAGAACUAAACUGAAUAAGCUUGAUAAGCACAGUCUCAGCUGAGUUUAGUACUGUACUGUUAAUGUGGGAAUCAUAUAUUUAAAUAAUUAACUACAUUUUGUGAGUCAUAUUUAUAUGCAUAUUUGCAUGACGUAUAAAUGUCAUGCUGCAAAGUAGACCUUUGAGGUCAGUU